UGCUUUUUUUGGGGGUGUGUUGAUAAACAUAUUAGAGUCAUUUUUAAGACUAAAAGAAGAGUAAGUGCUUAUGAGAAACGUAAGAGAGAUAUUAGUGUCAUGUUUUUAGUCUUUUUCCUUUUUAAAAAUAUGUGGUCGUCUUUGAACUUACUUUAUUAUGAUAUGGUAGAUAGAUAUUAAUGAAGGAUAUGAUAGUGGUGCGCAUACGGACUUUGGAAUCAUUAUUGCAUUGUAAUCAUUCAUAAUAUUGAAAUUGAACAAAUAAUUUCCCAUGUGUACAGCAUUAAAUAUGAAGAGUCGACAAUCAAAUUCAUAUAUGUAUAUUAAAACAAGCUGUUUACUCUACCUCACUUUUAAGAAAAAACCAUCCGAUUUCCUCCCUGAGAAGAAUGCCUGCUACAGAUGGUGUUGGUGAAGGCGUUGACACUUGCUGUUGCUGUCUUCCGCUUUUGGAGACUCCCGUUAUUGAUUUUGCUCUUCUUGCAUCACCGUCUCCCUGCAGACAAGAACUUGAUAAACUAUGUUCUGCUCUCAGCUCAUUUGGCUGCUUUUUUUCGAUAAAUCAUGGAAUUACGAAUUCAUUCUUGGACGAAUUGCAAUCAGUCAUCAAGCAAUUCUUCGCACUUCCAAUGGAAGAGAAGCAGAAGUAUGCGAGGGGUACUGGUGAGAGCAGAGAAGGUUAUGGUGAAGAUGACAUGGUUGUUGAUGAGGGUCAACCAAUAGUUAACUGCAAUCACCGGUUAACUCUUAUAUUGAGUUCAGAAGACCAGCAACAGCUCACAUUCUGGCCUCAAAGCCCUCCAAAUUUCAGGGAGACUUUACUUGAAUAUACAAAAAAGUUACAGAUGAUAAAUGAGGUAGUCCUUAAGGCAAUGGCAAUGUCACUAAACUUGGAAGAGCACUGCUUUUUGGAUAAAUAUGGAGAUAAACCAACACUACGGGCGAGAUUCAACUAUUUCCCUCCAUCUUCAAGCAAUCAUUUAGCUAUCGGUCUUGCACCGCACACAGAUCCAUCUGCAAUCACUAUUGUGCUUCAGGACAAACACGUAGAAGGCCUGCAAUUCCUUAAAGAUGAUCAAUGGUUUAGAGUUCCUGUUAUUCCAGACGCUCUUCUCAUUAACAUUGGUGAUCAACUCCAGAUAAUGAGCAAUGGAUUGUUCAAGCCACCAGUACACAGGGUGGUGAAAAAUCAGGAUAUAGAGAGGAUUUCUCUAGCUGUGUUCUGUUUACCAUAUUCGGAAAAUGAGAUCGAACCUGUAGAUGGGUUAGUUACGGAAACAAGGCCGAGACAUUACAAGAAGGUGAAAAAUUAUUUUGCUACUUUCAUGCAGUACUAUCAGGGGAAGAGUCUCAUAGAAGCACUGAAAAUUAAUACAUAGACUUUCAUGCUCCUGUUGCUUUUUUUUUAUCUUUUCUGAUCUAAAUAAAUGUAAAACAAUGUCUUAUUUGGCGAAUGGAAUCAAAAAAAAUUCCAUGCAA